AUUGAAAUUAAUAAGUUGACUCGUAAAAGGGGAAAGUUGGUUUAAGGGACGACCAAGUUAAAGUAGCCGCCGGAGAAGGAAAAAGCUCUCUUCUUUUCUUUUUAUUAAUUGCGCAAAGACUCCUCAUCCCAAAAAGCGCGAUUUCUCCUGGUUGCCGAUGUUAGCCUCGCAGCCGCAAGAUCGUCAUCCCGGAGCUCGGAGUCCUAGCGGCGGCGGCGGCGGAAGUGGUGGAGAUGAGCUGAUUAGAACGUAUAAGGCUUGGAAAGGGGAUAACGUGUUCUGCUUUGGAGGAAGGCUUGUGUUUGGACCCGAUGCUCGAACUAUACUCAUCACCAUCUUCUUGAUCACUGCUCCCGUCACUAUCUUCUGUGUUUUCGUUGGCAGAAAAUUUAUUGACGACUAUCCUCACCAUCUAGGAGUAUCAGUACUCGUCGUUGCUGUUGGUCUUAAUUUAUUAGCUCUAGUGUUUCUGUUUCUGACCUCGGGGAGAGACCCUGGAAUCAUACCACGUAAUCUGUAUCCUCCUGAGCCAGAGGGUGUUGUUGAAAGUAAUCACGGAGGAGAACCGCGUCUUGCUCACACUCCUACUCCUACUCACACCCGGUUGCCUCGGACAAAAGAAAUGAUUGUGAAUGGAAUCACCGUCAAGAUCAAAUACUGUGACACGUGCCUGCUUUACAGACCGCCACGUGCUUCUCACUGCUCCAUAUGCGACAACUGCGUCGAGAAAUUUGAUCAUCACUGUCCUUGGCUUGGUCAGUGCAUUGGUUUGAGAAACUACAGGUUCUACUUCAUGUUUGUAUUGUGUUCGGCUCUUCUCUGCAUAUAUGUCCAUGUGUUUUGCUGGAUCUACGUCAAGAGGAUAAUGAAUGGUGAGAAGAUAAGCAUCUGGAAGUCGCUAAUCAAGACUCCUGCUUCCAUCGCGCUAAUUCUCUACUCUUUCGUAUCUGUCUGGUUCGUUGGUGUCACCGGUUUCCACUUGUACUUAAUCAGUACCAAUCAGUCAACUUACGAAAACUUUAGGUAUCGGUAUGAUAGACAUGAGAACCCUUUCAACAAAGGGAUCGUUGGGAACUUCAUGGAAGUGUUCUGCACAAAGAUCGCCUCAUCUAAGAACAGUUUCAGAGCAAAGGUAUCAAAGGAGCCAGCGAUCCCACCGAGGACGAUAGUAAACGGAGCCAUGUCGAGCCCGAGCUUGCAGAAAGUUUCACAGGACAUUGAGAUGGGGAGAAAACCUGUGUGGCACGAGACGGUUGAAGAGGAGCUCGGCGACUUGGUGGAAAAGGACAUGGAAACAUCGCGGGAUUUGAGCAGAAUGUUGCCACCGGAAGAAUCUGAAGGGCGUGGGAUCAUGCAUUCGAGAGAGUCGAGCAGGGGAAGGAGAGGAGGAGGUAGCUGGGAGUUCUCUAGCCGUGUUAACGAAGAUUUAAGAACCAGAGAUGAGUCUAAGUCGAUUAGAGUCGGUGAAGAUAGCUCAGAGUUUUCAGGCAACUUUGCUUCCAGAUAAAUUGAAGAUGCCUCUGAUGCAGCAACAUUUAGAAGCAGAACCGGCACUGGUAUAACACGGUUAUAGUCUCCGGUUUAAGCCAAUUACACUCUUAAAAGAUCAAUCGAGAUUUUGAUUCAUUCUGGUUUACUUGUUUGUUUACAUGAUUGUAACGGGUUUGUGUAAAGUAAAUGUUUUAUUUGACAAGAAAGGUUUUUAAAUUA